AUGGCAUAUGCGAAUGACAUAAGAAAAUUUUUCACUAAACACAUGGUUAAUGAGAAUCUGGGUACGAUUUGCAAUGUUCAUGUGGUUCACGCUGACCUCAGUGAAUAUGGAGCAUUGGAUGAGAAGUGCAUCAAAUUGGCAGAGCUUGUUGCCACAGCAGUUGAUUUCCCCAAAACUGGAAAGAUUGUCACCAUGCCAUUUGAACUCAAACCGAAAAUGUAUCCCUAUUUUAUGGAGAAAGAGGAAUUUCAGUCAUACAAGUCAGAAAAAAUUUUGGGCAAGCUAUACCGCCAAGUCAUAGAUGCUAAUGACAAAGAAGUGGUAGAGCUAAAAUUUGUUCCUCAAGACAUUCUUUAUGAUGCAGACCUUUACAUCCCCGGAUCCACAAAUUUCAUUACCGAUGCGUGGAGCCAUAAGUGCUCCUAUGGUGGGCAGCUAAAUGGACUUGUGGGACUGUAUAAAGUGGGCAGAGAGGAAGAGAUUUAUAGUAGCAACAAGCAAGGGCAGCUGAAAGAAAGACUCAAACAUGCUUACAGUGCCCUCAGGAAAGCGUUCAGGAAAGUUUUUGAGAAAAUGGACUCAGAUUUCGAUCAACUUUCUGAUGACGAGAAGCAUGCCAUUUAUGAACAAAAGGCAUCAGCAUGGUAUCAAGUCACUUAUCAUCCUAGUUGGGGGAAGAAGUCAACGGAGUUGCAAGAGCCAGAUGGGGAUAUGGCAGAACGGCUCAAGGCCGGGGAUGUGGAGACAGUAAUGUUGAGCUUUGCUUGGAUAACAGUUGAUUACCUUUCCCGGAUCAAAAUUAGGUGUGGCGGAGAUGGAAAUGCUGACCUCACUAAGCCAAUCAAUGCUUUUGUGAGGUACGUUGCUGAUCGGAUAUGA